UGCAUGCCAGAUUCUAUAUAAAUAUUCUCUUUCACUUCAUGUCCUCUCCAACUAUCCUCUGCAUCAUUAAAGCAAUACUUGAAAAUCAUCAAAGCAGAGGAAAGAAACAAAAAGUCAAAACAAAGGCACAAUAUUUGUAGAUGGCGAAGAUGGGUGGAAGAAAGUGGAGCAUCUUGGUGGCCAUCUUCAUCUUACUUCUUGCUAUGGAAGCUGUCAUUGCUCAAGGUCAAGGAAAUGGUAAUGGCAACAAUGGAAAUGGCAAUGGUAAUGGUAACGGUAAUGGCAAGGGUAAUGAUAAGGAAGAGAAGGAGAGGGAGAAGAGGGAGAAGGAGAAGGAGAAGAGGGAGAAGAAGGAGAAAAAGGAAAAGGAAAAGGAGAAGAAGGAAAAAGAGAAACAGGCAAAAAAGCAGCAGGGUGAAGCCACAAAUUAUGACAAGCUGUCACCUUUGCCAACAGGUCAAGAACGAGGCUUCUGCAGAAAAAACACUGCCUGUGAGUUUAAGACCAUUGUGUGUCCAUCCGAGUGCGCAUACAGGAAACCCAAGAAGAACAAGAAGCAGAAGGCAUGUUUCAUUGACUGCAGCAGCAGUACAUGUGAAGCCACUUGCAAGGUUAGAAAAGCCAACUGUGAUGGAUAUGGUGCUUUGUGUUAUGAUCCUCGCUUUGUUGGUGGUGAUGGAGUGAUGUUCUACUUCCACGGUGCCAAAGGAGGAAACUUUGCCAUUGUUUCAGAUGAUGAGUUCCAAAUCAAUGCUCACUUCAUUGGUACUCGACCAAAAGGAAGGACUCGAGACUACACAUGGGUGCAAGCACUCUCUGUCAUGUUUGACACACACACUCUUGCCAUUGCAGCCAAUAGAGUGUCUCACUGGGAUGACAAUGUAGAUUCUCUCAUAGUAAAGUGGGAUGAUGAACUAGUCAACAUUCCCACUGAUGGAGAGGCUGAAUGGAGGGCCAAUGGUGAUGAAAGAGAAGUGGUUGUGGAGAGAACUGACGAUACCAACAGUGUGAGAGUGACAGUUUCUGGUUUGAUUGAGAUGGACAUUAGCGUGAAGCCAAUCAGAGAGCAAGAAAACAAGGUUCACAAUUACCAGUUGCCAUCAGAUGAUGCUUUUGCUCAUUUGGAGACACAGUUCAGGUUUAAGAAAAGUACUGAUAACUUUGAAGGAGUUUUGGGUCAGACUUAUAGGCCAGGGUAUGUUAGUCCUGUCAAAAGAGGAGUUCCUAUGCCAAUGAUGGGUGGUGAGGACAAGUACCAAACUCUCUCUAUGUUUUCAACAUCAUGUAACCUAUGCAAGUUCCAGAGGCCAUCUGAGAUAGCAAGCACCGAAGGACUAGUUGCUCAGUACUGAUAUUAUGCAUCAUGAAAAAUAAGACAUUCUUAGUGUUCUCAUUGUUGACAUCUUGCAUUUUGGUUUCUUUAUAUUGUAUCCACACAAAUAAGGGCCUAAAAUGUUGCCCAUGAUCAACCUUUUGUAAAAUGUAAUAGUGAUUAACGUGUAUUAAAGAUAUGAAAGAAUCAUUUUUUAGUCUUCCA